AAUUUUUUUCUUCUUAUCGACAGUCACGAUGAGCCAACCUGAAUUCGAUGCACGGCGGCUCGUUGGAGUCAAGGCAGAGCGUGUCACCAACAUAUCUAGUACUGACUAUCCUGGUCACUACCCCAACGAAGACCAUGCCUGGAGUCUCAGUAAAUUCAAAGCAAACUUAAAAGUGCAAGUCAAGCGACUUUCCAAUCGCUCCAUUGAUUUCGACAUCGUCGGCGUCGAUGCCUCCAUUGCAAAUGCAUUUCGGAGGAUAAUGAUGGCAGAGGUUCCGACAGUGGCCAUUGAGCACGUAUACGUCUUCAACAACACGUCCAUCAUUCAGGACGAGGUUCUUGCCCAUCGUCUUGGUCUCGUUCCUCUCAAUGUCGAUCCUGCUCCCAUAGAACCUCGUCUCUCUGCAGGCGAUGCUACCGACCGCAAUACCAUCGUUUUCAAAGUAAACAUAAAAUGCGAACGAAAUCCCGAUGCUCCCAAAGAUGCUACAGAACCUGAGGAUUUAUAUAUCAAUCACGAAUUUCUUUCGCGACACUUAAUAUGGGAACCUGCAGGGGAGCAAGCCCUAAUGUUUGCCGACAAUCCACCUGCACCCACAAAUCUUGAUAUCGUCCUAGCGAAACUACGACCAGGGCAGGAAAUUGAGAUGGAUUUACACGCUGUCAAAGGUGUCGGUAAAGACCACGCGAAAUUCAGUCCUGUCGCGACCGCUUCAUAUCGGAUAUUACCCCAUAUCAAGAUUCUAAAACCCAUACCGCCACAACUGGCUGAAAAAUUCCAACGGUGUUUCGCGCCAGGCGUUAUUCGCGUCGACCCUGUUUCAAAGGAGGUUUCUGUUGAUCCCGAAGGUGUACGAAACGACACAGUCAGCAGGGAGGUCCUUCGACACCCUGAAUUCGAGGGUUACGUAGAACUGAGCCGAGUGCGAGAUUGGUUCCUAUUUAAUGUCGAAUCAGAAGGACCUUACGUUCCUGAAAGAAUUCUGCCCGAGGCUAUAAUGGUGAUGAGGAGUAAGAUUGCGCAGAUUCGGGCGGGAGUGGAGGCACUAAUUUCUGGACCUGGGGACGGUGAUGUGGUGAUGGCAAACACCUAGCGCCUUCAAGGAACCUUGUACUACUACUGUUCAAGUCGCUUUGAAACUUGGAGCAUAUUUUUGUCACCCAAGUUCGCCGAUGUUUCAUCAGAUGCCGAAAAAUCUAUACAGUCGGCACAGGCGGUUAUGCUCUUUGUACGACCCUUACGGAGGAAAGGCUUCCGAACAUUGGGAUUUAUCCAAAUUGAAGUACGUCAAAACGGUCACAAAGAUAGAAAAUAUAGAAAACGUGAAUAAGACAU